GUAGAAGAUUCUUGACGAGCGUUCAUCACUCUCUCUCAUCCACCCUCACCCAUCCUCACCAUGAAUCGCCUGGGCAGACUGUCUCUGCCGCUUCGGCCUCAAGUCUGUCUGCUCUGUCAAACGCAGGCGACCAUGUCCUCUCCUCUCUCCGGAUGGCAGGCCGUCCGCUCCAUGGCAACCGUCCGACAGCGCCGCCAGGCCGCCCGCAUGGUUCUGUCCUCCAAUGUCGACAAGUCUUCCCUGAAGGAGGGACGUUCGAGAAGAGAUCGUGGCGGCCCCUGGUCGGGCAUGAACCAAACAGAAGCGCGCCUUCGGGAUGCGCCACUGUCAAGGUCUCGGGCAGCUCUCAAGCGCUCCGGGGAUGCUGAAGAUGAUAAGCAGAAGCCGGACAGUCCUCUCUAUAAGGCGCUCAAGAUGCAAACGGCAUUGGCGCCCAUCCCUUACGGUCGCCGAACCGCUAUCAAGAAUAAGAUCGCAGAAGUCUCGAGUUUCGACCAAUUUCCUCUGCUACCGGUCGUGCGCCACUCGAUCUCUUCCCAGGCUCUCCCCGGAUUGGCGGACAUCGUACCAACUCCCAUUCAACGCCUUGCUAUCCCACAACUUCUGAAAGACCCUAUCCCGAAGAGAACAUCGAAAGAUGUUUUUAACGAUGAACCGAAUUAUGAACAAUAUCUUCUGGCUGCCGAGACCGGGUCUGGAAAGACGCUCGCCUAUCUGAUUCCCAUGAUCGACUCCCUGAAGCGUAUGGAAGCGGAGGACAAGGAAUUUGAAAAGCGAGAGGCGGAACAAAAGGCCAAGGAACGGGAGGAGAAGCUCAAGAACCGGGCUUUUGACAUUGCCCCGGAAGAGCCUCCGCUGUCGGACGCAGGUAGACCCCGGGUCAUUAUCCUCGUCCCGACCUCCGAGCUGGUUGCCCAGGUUGGCGCCAAAGUCAAGGCUCUUUCGCACACGGUCAAAUACCGAUCGGGGAUGAUCUCGUCCAACCUGACCCCUCGUCGUAUUAAGAGCAUCCUCUUCAAUCCGAGCGGAAUUGACGUUCUCGUCGCCACUCCCCAUCUGCUUGCUUCGAUUGCCAAGACGGAUCCAUAUGUGCUGAGUCGUGUUAGCCACCUGGUGCUGGAUGAGGCAGAUUCGCUCAUGGACCGUUCCUUCUUGCCCACAACGACCGAGAUUAUCGAAAAGUCAGCCUCUUCUCUUCACAAGCUCAUCCUCUGCUCCGCAACCAUUCCCCGCAGUCUCGACAAUCUUCUCCGUAAGCGCUACCCCGACAUUCGCCGACUGACGACACCAAACCUGCAUGCCAUCCCCCGUCGUGUCCAGCUGGGAGUGGUGGACAUCCAACGGGACCCCUACCGUGGCAACCGCAACCUGGCCUGCGCCGACGUGAUCUGGUCCAUUGGAAAGGCAGGCGACACCGAACCGACGCACCCCUUCCUGGCCCAGGCCGGACCCAAGGUCAAGAAGAUUCUGGUUUUUGUCAACGAGCGCGAAGAAGCCGACGAGGUAGCCGAGUUCCUGCGCUCAAAGGGUAUCGACGCCCAGUCCUUCUCCCGCGACUCCAGCAGCCGUAAGCAGGAGGAACUGCUGGAAGAGUUCACCGAGUCCCCAAUUCCUCCCACCGCAGAGGAGAUCAUGCUAGCCAAGAACAAGCGCCGCCAGGACAACUCCAUUCCCUUUGUCUACCCUGAACAGCAGAACAAGCCAGGCAUGGAGCGCGGUCUGCCGAACACUAAGGUUCUCGUGACGACAGAUAUUGCCUCUCGCGGAAUUGACACCAUCGCCGUGAAGACGGUUAUCCUCUACCACGUCCCGCACAACACCAUCGAUUUCAUCCACCGUCUCGGCCGUCUCGGCCGCAUGGGCAAGCGUGGUCGUGCCGUGGUCCUGGUCGGCAAGAAGGACCGCAAGGACGUGGUCAAGGAAGUGCGUGAGGGGAUGUUCCGCGGACAGGCCUUGAUUUAGGGGCAGCAACGACACCAACGACAAGCACAAUCUGUACUAUUAUUCAACUACGGCCCAGUCAACUUACAACUGACGGAGCCUCUGACGACGGCGUUCGGAAAAUGGCAACCAGGAAAGAUAAUAUUUAGACGACAUGCAUUGUAUGUAUGCAUUGACUUGAAGCAUCACUCAGGAUAUACACGGCUGUACCUCAUGUAUUAUAAUUUGUAUAUUUCCCCACCACAUCUCUCUACUUAGAUUCCUCUUCGUCACCACAUCUGUACACUAUAAACAACACCCAUCCAUCAUCUGAAUAGACAACUACAAGAUACUACUUAC